CAGAGUGCAGUGUCUCCUCUUAGCCCAGCAACCGUGCGAGAGUUCGUCCUGCCGGAAAGCAGCACGCUGUCGCGGCAUUUCACGACGUUGGCGGCAAAAGGCCUUGGAAACGCUCCGACUUCCUCCCAGCAGCGGGGCGAAAGCCAGCGCGAUGUUCGGUGCGGGCGACGAAGACGACACAGACUUCCUCUCGCCUAGUGGCGGUGCCAGAUUGGCCUCACUUUUUGGACUGGAUCAGGCAGCUGCUGGCCAUGGAAAUGAAUUCUUCCAGUACACAGCCCCAAAGCAGCCUAAGAAAGGCCAAGGAACAGCAGCAACAGGAAAUCAGGCAGCACCAAAAACAGCACCCACUACAACAGGCACUUCCACAGUAUUGGUUGCAACAGCAGUCCAUGCAUAUCAAUACACAAACGGUCAAUAUGUAAAGCAGGGCAAAUUUGGUGCUGCAGUCCUGGGGAAUCACACAGCCAAAGAGUAUAGGAUUCUUCUUUAUAUCAGUCAACAACAGCCAGUUACUGUUGCCAGAAUUCAUCUCAACUUCGAGCUAAUGGUUCGGCCCAAUAACUAUAGCACCUUUUAUGAUGAUCAGAGACAAAACUGGUCCAUCAUGUUUGAGUCAGAAAAGGCUGCUGUGGAGUUCAAUAAACAGGUGUGCAUUGCCAAGUGCAACAGCACCUCUUCCCUGGAGGCAGUGCUCUCACAGGACCUCAUAGUAGCAGAGGGCCCUGCUGUAGAACUUGGAGAUUCUUUGGAAGUGGCCUAUACCAGCUGGCUCUUUCAGAAUCAUGUGCUGGGCCAGGUUUUUGACUCCACUGCUAACAAAGAUAAGCUGCUUCGCCUGAAAUUAGGAUCCGGAAAAGUCAUCAAGGGCUGGGAAGAUGGAAUGCUAGGCAUGAAAAAAGGAGGGAAGCGGUUGCUUAUCAUCCCUCCAGCCUGUGCUACUGGCUCUGAAGGGGUGAUAGGAUGGACUCAAUCAGCAGACUCAAUCCUGGUGUUUGAGGUGGAGAUAAGGCGGGUGAACUGGGCACGAUGGAGGGGGAAGAGUGGCUUUUUGGUGGCCUCUGUGGCCCCUUCUCCCAUACCUGGUGCUGACAACCUCCCUGCUGAUCCUGUUGUGUCACCACCCACAUCAGUGCCUUUCAAAUCAGGGGAGCCAGCUCUUCAUACCAAAUCUAACUCCCUCAGUGAACAGCUUACAAUAAAUACAAAUCCUGAUACAGUCAAGGCCAAGUUGAUCUCUCGGAUGGCUAAAAUGGGCCAGCCCAUGUUGCCCAUCUUUCCGCCACAGCUGGAUUCCAACGAUUCAGAAAUUGAAGAAGUGAGUGCUCUGCGAGGAGGAGCUGGACAACCCAUGGUGACUCCAUCCAUCCAGCCCUCUCUUCAGCCAGCUCCUCCAGUGCUACCACAGACGGCUUCACAAACACUUCAACCAUCUGUUUCUGGGCUCCAAGCACCCUCUUCUGCCUUAAUGCAAGUUGCAUCUCUUUUUCCUCACUCAACUGAAUCUGGAAAUACCCAGUCUUUUCAGCCCUAUGCAGGUAUGCCCACCUAUGCUUACCCCCAGGCAUCAAGUAUCACCUCCCAGCUGCAGCCCGUUCAGCCCUUGUACCCAGCAUCGGUCUCUCAUUCUCCCUAUUUUCAAGGAUCAGGUGACAUGGCUUCAUUUCUCCUGACUGAAGCCCGACAACAUAACACUGAAAUUCGAAUGGCAGUCAGCAAAGUGGCUGAUAAAAUGGAUCAUCUCAUGACUAAGGUUGAAGAGUUACAGAAAGAUAGGGCUGGCAAGUCCCUGCUCAUUCCUAGAAUGUCAGUUUCAAUGGAAACAAGCACGACCAUGAACGACAUCCAGAGAAUUAUUCAGGAAAAUGAAAGAUUGAAGCAAGAGAUCCUUGAAAAGAGCGGUCGGAUAGAAGAACAGAAUGACAAGAUUAGUGAACUAAUUGAACGAAAUCAGAGGUACAUUGAGCAGAGUAAUCUGAUGAUGGAGAAGAGGAAUGACUCACUUCAAACAGCCACAGAAAACACAUGGGCAAAAGUAUUGCAUGCUGAGCAAGAGAAGGCCAAGGUGACAGAAGAGUUAGCAGCAGCCACUGCACAAGUCUCUCAUCUGCAACUGAAAAUGACUGCUCACCAAAAGAAAGAAACAGAACUGCAGAUGCAGCUGACAGAAAGCUUAAAGGAGACGGACCUCCUUAGGGCCAAACUCACCAAACUGCAGGCAGACAUCUCAGAGCUCCAAGAAUCCUCUGAGCAAGCACAGUCCAAAUUCAAAAGUGAAAAGCAAAGCCGGAGGCAACUGGAACUCAAGGCGACAGCCCUGGAGGAAGAGCUGACUGACCUUCGAGCAGAGAAGGAGUCUCUGGAAAGGAACCUCUCAGAAAGAAAAAAGAAGUCUGCUCAAGAGCGAUGUCAGGCUGAGGAGGAGAUAGAUGGAAUUCGCAAGUCAUACCAGGAGGAAUUGGACAAACUUCGACAGCUUUUGAAGAAAGCUCGUGUGUCCACAGACCAAGUAGCUGCAGAGCAGCUGUCUCUAGUACAGGCUGAGCUACAGACCCAGUGGGAAGCAAAAUGUGAACAUCUGUUGGCCUCCGCCAAGGAUGAACACCUACAACAAUAUCAGGAGGUGUGUGCUCAGAGAGAUGCCAACCAGCAGAAACUGCUCCAGCUUCAGGAAAAGUGUUUAGCUCUCCAGGCCCAAGUUACAGCCCUAACAGAGCAAAAUGAACAGCACAUCAAGGACCUGGACAGAAACAAGUCCCAGAUGUCUAGGGUUGAAGCUACUGCUACUGACCCAUCAGAGAAGGUCAAGAAGAUCAUGAACCAGGUAUUUCAGUCCUUGCGAGGAGAGUUUGAGCUGGAGGAAUCUUACAAUGGCAGGACCAUUCUGGGGACCAUCGUGAAUACCAUCAAGAUGGUGACUCUUAAGCUGUUAAACCAACAUGAGGGAGAAAAGGAAGAGAGCAGCAGUGAAGAAGAGGAAGAGGAAGAAGAGCGACCUCGGAGACCUUCCCAGGAGCAGUCAGUCUUGGCCAGUCCAGGACCGUCUCAAGCACCCCUGAGUAGGGAGAGGCAGGAGUCCCCCAUGGUGCCGUUGGAGCAGGUAGUCAAGGAAGCUGACCCAUUGCCUCCUCAGGCCCUCUCUGCCCUUCAGGAUGAUAUACAGAGAAGGGACGGGGAGCUCGCAGAAGCAGAGACGCUCUCGGAAAUAAAAGAUGAUUCCUUCCCACCUGAAGUGGCUUGCGUCCCCUCCCAAAGAGCUCUGGAGCCCCCGACUUCAAUUCCCCCUAAGCCUCCGGGCCCUAUAAUGGUGGACUCUGAGUGUGAGGAGACACUUGCUGCCAGCCCAUUAGAAAAUGUCUGUGUCGAGGAGCAAGAAAGCGCCAUUAGACUGUCCCUGACUUCAGAUUCUAAAAUGGGGGACCCACUGGCCUUCGGGCCCGAAAGUCCAGGAGGAGAGCCUCAGUCUCCAGAGCUCAAGAAUGACGAAGAUGUCACUAGCUCCACUGGUCCCUCCAAGGAGCUGUCGAGCACAGAGACAGGUUCUGCAGCUACAGGAGCAGCACUUGGACCCAAGCACUGCUCUCAGCAUUCCAGUCUCUCUGAGGAUGAAGAAGAUGAACUGUUUAAAGGGGCAACUCUGAAAGUUCCAAAGCCCAAAGCGCAGUCUGAGGAGGAGGAUGAAGAUGAGGUGAGCAUGAAGGGACGCCCGCCCCCAGCACCGCUUUUUGGAGAUGAUGAUGAUGAUGACAUUGACUGGCUGGGAUGAAGACCCAGGAAACUGAUGCAAAGGUUUCUCUACUGAACCUUCCCUAAGCAUGAUUUUGCACAGUCAACCCUGGGUCUAGGUGAGCCACAGGGAGAGGUGAAGGUGAGCAUUCUGAGGACAGUAGUUCAUAUAUCUGAGUUAGCCAUCUUCUGAGCCCACCGCCCCUCUGGCCAGGUGAAGAGAACUGUGGGCCUGUUUUCAAAAUGUUGGGGAUGUGAACAGCUGAUCAUGGUUCUGCCUCGGAGUCGCACUUGGAGGAAGGGCUGCUAGGUUCCCCUUCAGCCAAUCACCUAUGAGAAUCCUGCCCUCUUCCAAGCCUUUUAUUCUCUUUACCAGCUCAGAUGGUUGUGGGGAACCCUCCUUUAUCGUCUCCCGAUGCUCAACUGUGGCCCAGCAAUAGGACCUAUCACCUUGGGUGAGGGUCUGGUGGAACCUAGGGUGGAUUAUACUAUCUAAACUCCAGUUAACAGCCUUGCCUGCAGUCCUGUUACAUGUAUCUUCUCUCUGCCUUAAAUCUUUGAAACUAAAAUAAAUAUCUCUAAUGAACCCUGA